CCCAACACAAAGACACGUCAACUUGUGCACGUCCAGUCAUGAAGACGGUGUUGGUGUCCACCUUGUUGAUGAUGAUGAUGAUGAUGUGUGUUUCAUCUCCUCCAUCUUGCGGUCUGCUUGGACAGCCUGGAUGUCCCGUGAAGGUUAAUAAGACAUCUGCUGACCCAGCACACAUUUUCCCGUCAAAGUUUCCAUCCCACGAGACGUCAAAGAUUAAGACCAAGACGUCAAAGUUUGCGACCAACAAGACAUCAAAGUAUCCAUCCAUCGAGACGUCAAAAUUUACAUCAAAUGAGACGUCAACGAUUAAGACCAAGAUGUCAAAGUUUGCGACCGACGAGACGUCAAAGUAUCCAUCCAACGAGACGUCAAAAUUUCCGUCCAAAGAGAUGCCAAAGUUUCAGACCAAUCGGACGCCAAGGUUUCCAUCAAAUGAGACAUCAAAGUUUACGUCAACGAUUACGUCCAAGUUUGUAACGUUUCCAACCAAAGAGAUGUUAAAGCUUCCAUCCAACGAGACAUCAAAGUUUACAUCAAAACUUACGACCAAUAAAACGUUGAAGUUUAUGUCCAACAAGACUUCAAAAGUUACGUCCAACAAGACGUCAAAGUUUCCGAUGAAUGAGACGUCAAAGUUUCAUUCAAGCGAGAUGUCUCAGUUUCCGUCCAACGAGACAUCAAAGUUUACAACCAACGAGACAUCAAAGUUUACAACCAACGAGACAUCAAAGUUUACAAUCAACGAGACUUCCACGUUUAUGUCCAACAAGACGUCAAAGUUUCCGAUGAAUGAGACGUCAAAGUUUCAGUCAAGCGAGAUGUCUCAGUUUCCGUCCAACGAGACAUCAAAUUUUACAACCAAUGACACAUCAAAGUUUACAACCAACGAGACAUCAGACAUUGGGAUGCUCCCGAACAGUUACUCGAUAUUACCGGCCAGGAACUGUCCACUGUCCACCUGCCUCACCUCAAACCUCGGCUCAUCCCUACAACACGGGGACGAGACUGCGGGCAAAGUUACGGGCGACCCGGAAGGCUUUGGGAAAAAACGAUGACGAGCUUGCUCAUCCUCCUCAUCCAAGCCCCCCUCGUUAAAAAACUAAAAAACUCAUACGUGUUGUCAUGACAACGCUGUUUAUGUCUUCUUCAGGGGGGCCUUCAUUACUGGCAUGAUGAGUGUGUGUGUGUGUGUGUGUGUGUGUGUGUGUGUGUGUGUGUGUGUGUGUGUGUGUGUGUGUUUGAAAUUCAAAGCUUUUUUCCCCGCCAGUUGAUGCUUUUUAUUCACCACUACCAUGUACACUUAGACUUAGACUUCCUUUAUUGUCGUUCAAAUUAGAACUUUACAGUACAGAUGAGAACGAAAUGUUGUUGCAUGUAAAUGUGUGUAUUUGAAUUUUUUUUUUUUUACAUAAAAUGUGUGUGCAUUUUAUUGUUUUUAUACAUACAAUAUGUACUUUUAUAGUAAACAUUUUUGUUACAAUGUCAUUGGACAUUGGUAUUAAAAAGGUAGAAAAUGUGUACAUGUCAGUGUAACCUCGGUGACAAAACCCCAUUAAAUAACCCCAUUUAAAUAUACUCUCAAAACCCCAUUGAAUAUUCUUUCUAAUUAAAUCUUCCUAUUUAAAUAUCAUUUUAUUUAAAUAUCCUUUCAAACCCCCAUUGAAUAUUAUUUCUAAUUAAAUAUAUUUCUAUUUUAAUAUUUUACUUCAAUAUCCUUUCUAUUUAAAUAACCUUUCAAAUCCCUAUUUAUUUUCGUUGUCUUAGCUGUCCAUGCGUCAUUACGUCACGCGGUCACAUGACCGCAUGCGUCAUUACGUCAAGCGGUCACAUGACCUAUUGCGGGAAGCAUAAAAUCCGGUAGUAGGCUGCUUCCAGGAAGAGCGAGAGGGUGACGUUGCUGCAGGUAUGUGACUCGAUUUUGACACUUUAAUUAUCAACUAAGCUCUUUUAACUGAAAUGUAAUAAUGUCGAACUGCAGGAGCCAACUACUGAAGCCGUGGGUCGUCGUGCGAGGGUGUUUAAGUGUGAUUUAUCUGCGGAAUUGGACAUGUUGGAUGGCGAGCUAGAGUCUGAAGCUUUAUGCCUGGAACUGAAUCCACCCAACCGAGCCCCGGGUUGGGUACGAGGCUCCUCAGCACCCGCUCUGUUCUUUCCCUUUUAGUCUUCCAUAACGCAACAUGUUCAUUUCUGUCCUCCUGAACUUUCACAUUUACUCUGUUGCCUUCACUAAAACCCCUCUGGACAGUGCCACCACAAGGUGGACUUUGCGAGGUCGUUUAAUGAAGUGUCGUGUUGCGCUUAUACCCUCUUUGGUAAAAACAAGGACUGAAUCAAGUACUGUAUCACAUUGUAAAUAUUGAAUGUUCUGUAACUUAUGUUGGAAAUGUGAAUGGCCAUUCCAAUUUCCAUGUCUGUUUGUUGUUUAUUUUUCCUAUAAUUCUUUAAUAUAAUUUGGUAGCAUUUAAACUUAAAA